AUGACGAAACGGACCAAUCACGGUGGCAGAUGGCAGUGGCUGGCUACGACACCCCUCCAGCAUCAUCAGGUGCGCAGACCACCACACCCUGGACAGAGACAUGAUUACUGCUGACCACAACAUUCAUACAUUGAAAGAGGCUCACAGUACCCGUAUCAUGGUAAACUCGACUACUUCUGCUUCACCAGCUGGACACCUGCAUCUUCGAAGCUGAGGGCAGCAGAGAUGUUUCUCUCGCUUGGCCAACUUUUCGCCUUCUGCAUCCCGGUACUGCAGGUAUCGGCGGCUGGCAUCGUCCAAAGAGCUUCUCCGCAACAUGGAUUUGAAAAGCGCUCGCCGGCUCCUCCGGAUGGAUUGAUCAAGCUCCAUAUUGCUCUCAGACAGCAUGAUCGAGGCGCUGAGGUCGAGAAACGAUUACUGUAUAGUUCCGAUCCUCGGAGUCCUGGCUUUCGACAGCAUCUGAGUGCCAGGGAAGUCGCGGAACUCUCUAAGCCUUCGGAUGAGUGCGUGCAGGUUGUCGAGGCAUGGCUGGAGGAGCAUGGCUUGCUGAAGCAUGCGGUUUUGGGCAGUGGUGGGAUUUUCGAGGUCGACGCUAAGGUGGAGGAAGUUGAACGAUUGUUAAAUGCGACUUAUUCCACUUGGACGGAUGGGACGCAGCAAGUUCUGCGGACUGAAGAGAUUUCUCUACCGGAGCGGCUGGCGGGACACAUUGAUUUCAUCACGCCCACCAUCAUGUUUCCCCGUGCUAAAGCGCGCGAGAAGGCUUCGCGGACUAUCCCACUCUCAGAGGGGCAGAAGAUAGCAAGGAGAGCUACUUCUAGCUGUGGACCAGAAGACGACACGACCCCGAGAUGCAUCCAGAAACUCUACAACAUCACCCAUACUCCCGCUCCCAACCGGACGACUUUCGCCGUCUACGCCACCGAAGCAGCUGUUUUCUCCAACAUCGACCUCCAGAACUACCUCCAUGCCUACCGCCCCGAAGCCGCCGGCGCCACCUACACCGUCAUCGGCUCCGGCGACCCAGCGAGCGGACCCGGAGGCAUCGAAUCCAAAUUCGAAACAGCCCUCGACACACAAGUCCUCCUGGGCCUCGCGUGGCCCGCCAGAGGAAUUCUCUACAAUCUCGGCGGAGUCUUUGGACCUGAUGUCGGGAAAGAAUACGACCCUUUUGUGAAAUUCCUCCAAGAAUUGGUAGCGAAUGAAACCGUGCCUUCGGUGGUGAGCUUUUCGGAAUCUCAACCGGAAAAUAGGGUAGAACGGGAUUAUGCGUUGCGGGUUUGUAAUCUGAUGGCGCAAGUGGGCAUGAGGGGUGUUACGCUCCUGUUUUCGAGUGGGAACAAUGGGCCGAACGGUAAACCACCUCCCUCCUCCCCCUCAUCCACUCCUAUGAGACGGACUGACACGUUGCAAAAGGCGACACCCCCUCCGGCCCUCAUGCCAAAAUCUUCGAACCCGAAUUCCCCGCCUCAUGUCUCUGGAUCACCGCGGUAGGAGGCACAACAAAUCUCUCCCACGAACAAGCCGCCACGCAGAGCACGAUCCCUUUCCUCUCGUCUUUGGGCUAUACCGCCUCCGGCGGCGGCUUUUCCAACCUCUUUCCCGCCCCGGCGUGGCAAUACCCCUCCGUCCAAGAAUACAUCACCCGCCACGUUCCGCAAGAGUAUCAAGACCCCUCGCUCGGUUUCCCGGCUCUCGGCGCCGUGAACCGCGGCAUCCCCGACGUGAGCGCCCUCAGCACACAAUGGCCGACCUAUUCCAACGCGGCGCCCGUCGCCAUCCCCAUCGGAGGCACGUCCAGCGCGACGCCGACUUGGGCGGCUCUCGUUGUUAUUCUGAACGAUUAUCAGCUCUCCCGGAACCGCUCGACUUUGGGCUUUCUUAAUCCGUGGUUGUAUUCCCUCGACGCCGGGUUGAAAGAUAUCGUGCUGGGGGGCAAUAAUGUUGGGAAGUGCGAUGUUUUGCGGGGUUGUACUCUGACGGAGGCAUUGUUGGGGUAUAAUGUCACGCGAGGAUGGGAUCCCGUGACGGGGUUGGGGAGUCCGAAUCUGGGGCUUCUGAUGGCGGAGUUGGAUCGGAGGGGUUGCUGA